AUGGCUGCCUCGGGGAGCCCCGUGGGCUCGGCCCUGGUGCCUUCACCCUUCCCUCUCCCCCAGGGCUCCCUUCCUCUGCGAAGGGCCCUCUGCCAGCGGCCCCCCUCCCCACUCCCCACCCCCACCCCGCCAGGAGCACAGGGCAGCUCUAGGGUCCCGGUGCGCCCCAUCCCUCCCGUCGCCUGGCUCCCGACACUGCACAGCACCAACCGCAGGGCCGACCUUGCGGCGACCCCGCUCUCCCGCAGUGCCGCGUCCGCUGCAGAGGAAAUCCCGGGGGCCAGGGGAGGGAGCGGUGGGGUCUCCGGCCUUCGUCCCGCUAAAGGAAACAGCGACUCCGUUACACUGAAAGUGAGCCCGGGCCGGCCUGCGGGUCUCCGGCGGCGAGGGGCUUGGCCGCCGCCGCAGCUCACCGGGCGCCACAUGGACCCAGCCGGCCCGAGCGCGCCCCGCCGCUGACCGCCCGCGCCC